AUGUCUAGCUACAUGCCACUGGAACUCAUAACCAAAAUUCUCUCCAAACUAGACAUUCAAACUCUCCUACGUUGUAGGUCAGUGUCAAAGCAAUGGUGUUCUUUGAUAGACGGCAAUGAUUUCAUGAAAACCCACAUGAACCAGUCUAUCAAAACCAACACAAACAACACCCUUUUUAUCAUAUACGAAGAUGGUCACCUUGAUUUAGUUGAUUUUGACACCCUUUGUCGUGGUAACAACCCCAUCUUCCUGCAAGGCCAUCCAAUUACGAGACUACGAAAACCAAUUGACCUUUUCAUUGGUUCUUGUAAUGGUUUACUAUCUUUAGCUGAAGAAGAUGGUGGCAUUCUUAUCUGUAAUCCAUCGCUACAGAAAUAUAAACAUAUACCGCCUUUUUUUCCUUACACGUUUAACACUAUUCUAAUGUUUUCCUCCAAUGGAGAAAUGGUUUUUGGGAGGGGAUAUGGGUUUGGCUAUGAUGCAGCUUCUAAUGACUAUGAGGUUGUUAGAAUCGUGCAGUUUCUUAAACCUGACGCUCAGUGGAAAGAAUCUGAAAUGACAAUUUAUAGUGCAAUGAAACAUUUGUCUUGGGUUAUUAAAAUGCCUUAUCUUGUGCUGGCUAAAAAUGCUAUGGGUGUUUAUCUUUGGGGAGCAUUGCAUUGGAUUGUUAGUAGGUUUGAUAAUUUAACUGGUACUCAAGUAAUUGUAGGUUUUGAUCUUGGAGUUGAUGAGUUCCGAGAGGUGCCGCCGCCUGAUUAUGGGGAUAAUGUGACUAGUUUGGAUGUUGGUGUAUUGGGUGGUUGCUUGUGUGCGUUUGCUAAAUUUGAAGGUGUUGGAGUUGAUGUUUGGGUUAUGAAAGAAUAUGGAGUUAAGGAGUCUUGGAGUAAGGUGUUUUUGAUUUCGAGUAGUAUUCUGUGUUAUAACUCUGUGAGGCCUUUGGGUUAUUCGAACGAAGGUGGGAUGGUUUUGUUGGAAUUAGAUAGGGAAAGGCUUCUUUGGUAUGAAAUAGAGAAGAAAAGAGUUGUUGAUUUUGUGACUGAAGGAUGGAAGCUGGAUGACUUUGAUGCAAUUUUAUGUUUGAAUAGCCUUUUUGUACCUAUGCAUGAACAUCCACCAACGAAGAAAAGGAAGAUGGUGAAGAACAGAGACACAAUUAAGAUAUUUGAAACAAUAAAGAUACAUAUUGGACUUGUUAACCUCAUUCAAUUAGAGAUAGAGAUAGCCUCGCAAAGCAAAGUGUUGAAGCUUGAAAGGCAAGUGAAUUACUCCCUUGGCUAUGAGCUCUUGCUUCUUGGAUCUGUGCCGCUAUAG